UUAAAGACAUCUGAGCACCUAUAAGAAAAGACAAGAUUAUCAUGUUAAAUGAUGCUCACCCCUUUCAUUUAUAAAGGGUUGUCUUCCGGAAAAGACACCUCAACUCAUUUGUUUCAUAUUCAGUAAACACAUACUCUCCGGUUCAAUUUUAUUCGGUGCCCUCAUUGUGUUUCAGCUGGAUGACUAAACAUGCAAAUUGCAAUCAUAGUUCACCGCCUCGAAUCAAUCUGUAUGUAUCAUGAACUGUAUUUCAAGUAUCCUUACUUCGGAUUUUUUGCUUUUUCAUUGUAGAUUCUUGAAAUGAAGGGUGUAAAGUAUGUCGAAAAAAAUGCGAUAUGUGAACCGUCUGCGUACACCGAUGUUUGGGGAUUAGAUCGUAUUGACCAGCGGAACCUUCCACUUGAUUCAGAAUAUUCAUCAACGGGAAAGGGUUCUGGUGUUAUCGUGUACGUCGUCGAUUCUGGCGUCAAUACUAGACACUCAAAUUUUGAUGGAAGAGCAGAGAACUGGAAGGAAGUUGUUAAAGACACUGGGCAGGAUUGCACUGGACACGGUACCCACGUUGCCGGUACGAUUGCUGCAAGAACUUACGGGGUUGCCCAGGGAGUGUAUAUACGCAGUGUACGCGUAUUCGGGUGCCCUGGCAAAAAUACAACAGAGCACCAUGUCGUAGAAGCAAUUAAUUAUAUUCUCGCCAAUGGGUACGAAGGUAGUGUUGUAUCCAUGUCUCUUGGAUUUCCGACGAGUAUCAAAGUGGUUGAUGAUGCAGUGAAGAAAUUGAUUAAAAAUGGCUUCGUCACAGUAGUCUCAGCUGGAAACAAUAAUACACAUGCUUGUAGCAGGUCACCUAGUAGAGUGAUUGAGGCAAUUACUGUCGGGGCAACAGAUAUAAACGAUAAACGAGCGUCAUUUUCAAAUUAUGGAUCCGCCGUAGAUAUUUUCGCACCAGGAGUGGCUAUUAUAUCCCUGGAUAAUGCAACAAAUACCGGAACGAAAAUUAUGAGUGGUACGUCCAUGGCCACACCUCAUGUUUCAGGAGUGGCUGCGAUAUUGAGAUCUCGUGGAGUACCUGCUAGUAAAAUUCGUCAAAAGAUAAUUGACCUAUCGACUAAAGAUGUUGUUAAAGACCCUAAUGGAUCCCACAACCGUCUGCUCUUCAUCGAUUAAUCAUGUCAUCUGGAUCGAGUAAAUCUAUUGUGACAACUCCAUAGAAACACGAAUAAUGUGUACAAACACGCUGCCGUAUUUUUAAUUAUCUUAACAUAAACAUUAAUCAUAUUUUUUAAUUUGUCUUUUAAGCCUCUAUGUUUCCAUUAAGUAUAAUUAUUAAUUAUACUUAGUUAUAUCGUCAUUAAAAAUUUACAGAUAAAUUGCGAAAGACGAAGAAUAAAACAUGAUAAAUUACUUCAGAAAAUUGUUACUGAUAGUAGUACUUUCUGCGUAGUCUCGAAAAAAACCAUUGAACAGUGGCGGAUCUAGGAAUUCAAAAUAGAGGGGCCCAGACAGGGAUUUUGACACAGUGGCGUAUUUAGGAGGGUGCGCGCGGGGGGAGGGGCGCACUCUCAGUUUCCCCCAGAAAUCACGGCCAAGUAGUUAAAAAAUCACCUAAAAAUCAGAUUAUUUUGCGAAUUAGCAUUCCUCAACUAAUCAUCGAUCCCCCACUUCAACUUCGCGCCCCCCAUCACCCCCCCCAUUUCAAAACUUCUAGAUACG